AGCGCUCUGCUAGGGUUUUAGGCUCUCCGCCAUAGUCGCAAAAACCCCAGCUCCGGUUUGAUUUGGGGCGCGCUCAAUGGAGGGGCUGAGCGUUUCGGAUACCAAUUUGGUGGUGUAUUUGCAUCCGUCGACGAGCGAUAAUGUCCACGAAGCAAUCCUGCGCGAGCUCAGCUCGAUGCUUUUGAGGUACAAUGAUAUAUUUGAGGGUAUUGUAUUGGCUUAUGAAUUCAACAUCUUAGAUAAGGAAGCAAAGAUUCUUCCCGGUGUUCAUCCUUAUUUUACUGUCAGGCUAAAGGCAAAGUUAUUACUUUAUUCUCCAAAGCCCGAUAUGCUUGUAGAAGGAAAGGUUGUGAAAGUCAAACAAGAAUCAAUUCAUGUCAUUAUUCUUGGCUUCUCAUCUGCCGUCAUAACAGACAAUGAUAUUCGCGAAGAAUUUCGAUAUAAAUCUAAACAUGGCAAGCAAUUAUUUGUUAGCAGAUCCCACAAGCGGCAUGUAAUUAAAGUUGGGACCACGAUACGACUAUUAGUCAAAAGUGUGGAUGAGGAAACACUGUACAUUUAUGGUUCCUUGCUUCCGGCUCACACAGGAAACAUUCUCUGGUUGGAUAAACAAAUGGAAGAUACUUCACUAACGGAUGGGAGUGCUAAGAGGAGGAAGGGAAACGAUGGAGAAUCAGUUCUGCAAGAGCCUAGUAGAACCAGUGCCGAAGCAGUUUCAGUCAAUAAUGACCAUCAUGUCAAGAAGUCAAAGAAAUACAAAACACGUGAAGAGUCGUGUUUUCAGGUGAUAUUUUGAUUACCAGUGGAAUCAGUGUUAUGUUUCUGAACUAGACAAAGGCAUGUGAGCUAAGUAGUUGAUCCAGAUAGAGGAGGCAGGGUCGCGUGCAAGUAAAUUACUCCAAUUAUUGGAUGACAAAAAACACUGGUACAAAAUUAUUGGAUGACAAAAAACAUCUUGGUAUUUAGGUUUUACAACUUUGAAAGUGUGUUGUAUAAUGUUUUUGUAGAUCAUGAUGAAUCAUCAAUCUCUGAGGUUAUGUAUUUUCAAGCAAUACAUGAAAUCGGUUCCUGAGUUCGUUA